CAGCCCCUAGGCCUGAGUUUUGUUUUCCUCAUUCUCUUGUUUCUUAGCAAGCAAUCCAUAGACUAUAAGAAUUUCAAAUCAGCUUCUUGGCCAAGAAUCCAUUGACAUCAGUGUUUCAAAAUUCUAAUAUAAUCAUUCCAAUCUAACGGAUAUCAGGGGCAGUCUCGCAUGAUUACGUUGUCCUUUAAAUUACUUCCUCUUAGGGGUUAGGGUUUUUAUCUUUCGCAUAAUCCCCAUCGUCAACCAGCCUCAGCUCCAGAGCAUCGAACGAACGCAAUCAUGCAUUCCGUUUCAUCCAAAACAUCCUUCUUCUUCCUCCUCCUCCUCCUAAUUGCAGCAGCUACCUCCGUCCUCGCCAGAAAACGCCACGUCAUCAAUUUCCAAUCGCCGAAUCUCUUCCCCGAAGGCGUCGCAUGGGAUCCAGCCGCCCAACACUUUGUUGUUGGUUCCUUUAAUCACCGCUCCAUAAACGCUGUCUCCGACGCCGGCGUCGUUGAAUCCCUAAUCUCCGACACCGAGCUUCCCCCUAACGUCGCCUUCGUUGGCCUCGCCGUAGACUCCGUCCACCGCCGUCUUCUCGCCACUAUCCACGCCAUAGAACCUUUCCCCGACUACAACGCUCUCGCCGCCUACGACCUCCGCUCCCGCAAACGUAUCUUCCUCGCACCCCUCACUAACCCCGCCUCCUCCGAUCGCCAGAUCGCUAACGCCGUCGCCGUCGACUAUAAGGGCAACGCGUAUGUCACCAAUUCUGCUGGAAACUUCAUCUGGAAGGUCAGCGUGAACGGAGAACCGUCCAUCUUCUCCAGAUCCCCUUUGUACACCUCUCAACAAGUGGACCGCGAUCAGCCCUACAGCUUCUGCGGCCUCAACGGAAUUGCUUACCUCAGCAAGGGUUAUCUUCUCGUAGUACAGAGCAACACCGGAAAGAUGUUCAAGGUGAACGCCGACGACGGGACGGCAAGGCUGGUGUUGCUGAGAAAGGACUUGACGGCAGCGGACGGGAUCGCCGUUAGAAGUGACGGCGUUGCGGUGGUGGUUUCGCAGCAUAAGGCGUGGUUGCUCAAGAGCGACGACAGUUGGGGAGAAGCCGUGGUGUAUGACGAAAUUGCCCUUGAUGCGGAGAGGUUCCCGACUUCUGUUACGAUUAGGGAGGACAAUAGGGCGUAUGUGAUAUAUGGGCAUGUGGACAAGGGCAUUUUGGGGGAGGAAAGGGACGAGUUCAGCAUACAAGAACUGGAGUGGGCCAAGGAAAGUGAAGAGGAAGCGGUUUGGGUGUUUGUUUUGAUUGGGCUGGGCUUGGCUUAUUUCAUGUACUGGAGAUUUCAGAUGGGCCAACUUAUUAAGAACAUGAACAAGAAGACGGAUUAAGGUUAAUGGUGAGCCCAGCCCACAGAGCCGCAGAUUUGAAUUUGGAUUUGGAUGCCCGUCCUCUUUCAAUGCACUCAUCAUCAUGAUCCUAAGGACCGGCUUAGGUUUGCUCAUGACAAGAGAGGAUCAAAGCGGAUCGGUCUCCAGACCAUCCGAUGUGAGAAAGCUCAAGGGUCCCACAUAAAUUAAGCUAUGCGAUGUUCAUCUAUGAUUGCUGUUAUUAAGAUCAAAAUGUUGUCGCUAUAGAUUGAAUAGUGAUGAUUUCUAAGGAGUUUUCGCCGAUAA